CCGCGGCGGUUGGCCUCGGUCCUGAGCCAGCCGGUUAGGACAUCUACAGGUAGUCAGACUCCUGCCUUCUGCUGCCAUUGCAGCGCGCUCCAUGUGCCUUAGAGAGCGAGGAAAAUGAACACAGCUGUGGGGUUGGUGUCAUUCGAGGAUGUCUCUGUGGACUUCACCUGGGAGGAGUGGCAGGACCUGGAUGAUGCUCAGAGGAAGCUCUACAGGGACGUGAUGCUGGAGACCUACAGCAGCCUGCUGUCCUUGAACCAGUGUGAUGCCAAACCUGAGUUGAUCCUGAAGUUGGAGCAAGGAGCUGGGCCGUGGAAGGAAGAUGCGCCAAACCAGAGCCUCCCAGCUCUGAAGUCUGAGAAGAGCCCGAGUGAGACCCACUGGGGCAAUCAAAUGAGACAUUUGAACCACCUGGUAAUCCCUGGCCACUCAUCAGCUGAGGAGAGGGUCAGAUUUGGGGAAACACUUACUAUGAGUUCAAACCACGUUUUAUGCCCAGCUGUUAAGAAUAAGAACUCUUCUGAAAUGAGAUCAGAGGUUCCUGAUAGAUGGGGAAAUGUGGAUCUCCAUGGUGAGCCCAGUGAGAUGCCGCCCUCAGAGGAACUCCAUCAUCUCGCUACAACCAGGUUGUCAUGCCGACUCCCUGAGCCUCUUAGUCUGGAUGAUGGUGUUAAAAGUGGGCAAUGGCACCAUCAGUGCAGACCACAUGACGAAGCCUUCAGCAGGAACGCUGGGUGGACACAUAAGGGCUUUCCUUUGGGAGAUAAUCCGAGUAAGUUAAAGGAGCACGGGAAAGCCUUUGAUAAAGUGGCUCCUAGUGCCCAAGAGGGGACUCACAUAAGGAGAGAAACUUUGGAUUGCAGCUUGUGUAAGAAGUCAUUCCCUGACAAGUGUAACCAUACUCAGCGUUGUAGGACAUGCAUAAAAAACAAAUGUGGUAAAUGUACCGAUUGUGAACCAACAUUCAAUACAAAACCAGGCCAUACAAUUCUUCAGAACACUCGGCAUGCGUGGGAGAAGCCCUGUGGAUGUAAUGGCAAUGAGAAAUGUGUGUGUCAUAUGCCAAAGCAGAGGGUUAAUCAGGGUGUCUUCUCAAGUAAAGAGAGUCACUGUGUGAAAAAAUUAUCCCCAAACUCAAAUUUCAGUGUGCACCAGAGACCUCACACAGGUAGAAAACCCCGUGAAUGCAAUACAUCUUCAAAAAUCAACAACCAACCUCGUAGGCAUCACAGAUGUGGGAGGACCUAUCAGUGUAAAGUGUGUGGGAAGGCCUUCAGACACACACAGAAUCUCUACUUGCACUACAGAACGCACACUGGUGAGAAGCCAUAUGAGUGCAAAGAGUGUAAGAAACUGUUCAGCGUAAAGUCAAAUCUCAGUGUACAUCAGAAAACUCACACGGGCGAAAAACCCUAUGAGUGCAACAUAUGUGGAAAUGCCUUUAAAAGGAGGUGCGACCUAACUAUACAUCAGAGAGUUCACACUGGUGAGAAGCCCUACGAAUGUAAAGAAUGCAGGAAAACUUUCAGUAUAAAGUCAGGGCUCAUUGUACAUCAGAGAAUUCACACCGGCGAAAAACCAUAUGAAUGUAACGUAUGUGGAAAGCGUUUUAACCAGAAGUCAAAUCUCUCUACACAUGAGAAAAUUCACACAGGCGAGAAACCCUUUGAAUGUAAGGAAUGUAGGAAAUCAUUUAGUGUCAAGUCGUAUCUCACUAUUCAUCAGAAAACUCACUUGGGGGAGAAACCUCGUGCCUGAAUCUGGGGAAGCCAGAAGACAAACCUCCACAGGCAUGAUAGAGUUGACACAGGCGAGAAACCCUGUGAACGUAAAGAAUGUAGAAGUCAAGUCACUUGACAUCUCUUCCUAACCCUCGGGGGAUUCAGAGGUGAAGAUCCCUGUGGAUGUAAGGGCUGCAGGGAACCUGUCGGUCUUAGUCACAUUCAUUAGUGAGGCCUCGGUGUGGGGUAUGUUCGGAGACUUUUGACAGACGUCAGACUUUAGUUGUUGGAGAACUCUUACCAGUGAGAAACCCUCUGACUGUAACGUCUGGAAAUAAUCCUCAGCAGGAUGGGGAGUUCACACAGGUGAGAAGGCCCGUGAUGUAGUUACGCGGAAAGCCUUUAGUCGGGAGGCCCAUCUCUGAAUUUGAGUUCACAUGGGUGAGCAGGCCUAAAGAACAUAGGAAAGCAUUUCAGACAUGUCAUCUCUCCGUUUAUAUCACAGAACUCAGAGUUGUAGAACCUGACACACGUCAAACCAAUAUACACAUUAGAGAAACCUCACAGUUGAGAGACCUUCUGAAGGGAAGCACUAGGAAAUAUUUCCACCAAAUGUCCCUCAGAGUACUCAAAAGUGGGCAGGGGAGGAGGUCUCAGCAGCAGAUACAGCUCACUGCACAUCAGACACACACAGCUGAGGAACUGUUUGAAUGCUGCGUCUGUUCCCAGAUGUCAGGUCACGGCUGUCAUCAGGCGAGGCUGUAAGCCAUCCUUCCCUGCGUACCAAAGAAGACACGUAGGAUAAGCCAUAUCAGUCUAACGUGUGCAGAAACUUGCUUCUGUAAUACAGAUAUCUGCCUCCACUAGAGAACCACAUGAGUACAAAGCCUCCGAAUAUAAAAGCUGAAAAACAACCUGUGAGUGUAAAGAACGUAGAAAAUGCCUCAUAUUGUUGGGGCGUGUGCAAGAACUCACACAAAUAGCCAUGCUCCCACCUAGGUGAAUGUAACAGACAUUCGUGCGCAUCAGAAAACCUCUCACUGCCGAGAAACCACAAGAGUGUGAUAUAUAUGGGCAAAACUUUUACCAAAUGGAAAUGCUCUGGCUAGGUCUUGGGCUGGAAGAACAUGAAUGUAAUGUAUGCGGACAAUUCUUUUAUAGGAAGUUGACCUCCACAUUGGAGAACAUGGCCAGAGCCCUAUCAGGAUUUAACUAGUCAUGACUCAUUUGUUUCCUGCCUCAAGCCCCAGUCCCUGAAUUCCAUUAUCCCUGGAUUUGUGUUCAUGGCCUGGAAGCAGAUAAGAUUAUCUUUGGGGAGUAGGCGGUAUAGAGAAUGACUGGCUCACAGAUAUGCUUUUAUUGGAGAGAGCAGAGGUUUUAUAUGUGUUUAAAAUCUCUUGUUUGUAUGAGUGAUUCAGUCUUUUUGCAACAUAAUGCAAAAUCAUUGGGACCCAUUUUAGAAGUGUCUCAGACAAGGGAACAUCCAUGUUAGAACACCCCCAGGAUAGGGCCCUCUUGUCACCUUUGUAUUUUCUAGCCAUCCUGUGGAGAAAAAGAAACACGAAAUUUCAAUAAAAUUUAAAUGCCUUACCUGGCACCAGCAUUUCAUUAAAGAGAUACUAAAGUAUGUUCGUGUGUGAAACAUGUUUAUCCAUAAAACAUUGACGUUCGUAGUUUCCAGUCAUUCAUAAAAUGAAGUUGUCAGUUUCUAAGUGUUACAGUAAGAAAAUGACUUUUGUCCUAGGUGUGGUGGCACAAGUCUUAAGUCCCAGAAUCCAGGAGGCAGAAGCAGUCAGAUAUCUUUAAGUUUGAGACCAGCCUGACCUACAUAGAGAGUUCCAGCAGGGCUACAUAAUGAGACCCUAUCUCAAAAAAAAAAAAGUCAAAUAUGUCAGAGGAUAACUAUUUCUGCUGGAGCCUGAUACAGUGGUUUGGUCUACAUUUGAGGACAUUUGUGUUUCUCACAACCAACGUUCAAGAGGUGCAGCUGGCACUAAUGGCUACCAGGAGUGUGUGCAGCUGAACUGCUGAGGACCCGCUGUCCUUUCCUGAGGAGGCCAGAACAGAGAUGUGUACUUGGCCCAGAUAGGGCACAGUUCUGUCAGACUCCAGUCUGGUGAAUCCAUUGAAUUUGUUGAGGUUACAGGAGUAUGGGAGAGAGGUUGCUGAGCAGGAACGGGAAUGAUUCUGCAGCUCCAUCUCUGAAAAGCCCACCCCAGUGCGGGGAUGACUCAGGAAAACUGGAAAAUGCUUGCAGGAAACAAAGGAGGUCACGUAGCAAGUUAGAGAGUCUUCCCUCCCCAGCAGUCCUUCCUGUUUUUAUAAGCUUGGGAAGGGAACGGGCCUUGUGCAUAUAUGUUUUCAGAACUUGGCGAGACUUGGGGGUUUAUUUCCUAGUCUUAAUGAGCCUUCUUCCAGGGUGGGAAUGUUUUAAUUCAGAAGGUACUGAUACAUGUCAGGCCAACACACCCUGAUAUAUGUAAGGUCUGUGCAUAUGAUUUUAUCACAUUAGCAAAUGUUCUCUGCAUACAGGGACAUGCAGGAAAUACACUUAUUAUAAUGUUUAUUGUGAUUUCAUUAAGGUUUUCUACAUUAAAUACUAUCCUAUAUCUUGUAAGCCUCUAGUUUGUAUUUUCUUAAUCUUUUAACUUAUAAGUGUUUAUGGUGAUUGUCACCAACUAUCUGCCAAGUAUUGAUGUUUGUAUUUCUCUAACACGUGAUGUCUUAAAGCGAGCCAGUGUUUCUAAGAGAAUAAGUAUCAGGGUAGAAAACCAUGAA